UGGAGAGACAGGGCACCGUUGACGCUCUAUACUGUUCAUCUUCCUUCUAUCUCCUCGUCCCCCUCUCUCAUGCAAACCCUAACCCUAAACCUCAAUUAAAUCAAAGUACCUAUUGCUUUCUUUGAAGAAAAAGAUGGAGGCUCAUCACCAUCAUCAGUUCACUCACAAUAUAUUCGAGAGACGCCCCAUUAUCAAAUCAAAGACUCCUGCUGUUAAAUGGUUCAAAGAAUGGGUGCCUCAAGAUGUGGUGGCAACGGGUGGAAAGUGUUCUCUUUUCAAAUGGGUUGCAGAGAAUCAAUUGAAUGUCUUGAAAGAAAAGGCAAAAGAGCCCCCGGCACCGGAGCCAGAACCAGAGCCUACUACUGAAGUUCUUUUCCUUUGCAGUUUUGAAGGGUGUGGAAAGACCUUUAUUGAUGCAGGUGCUUUGAGGAAGCAUUCUCAUAUCCAUGGAGAGAGACAAUAUGUUUGUCACUAUGAGGGAUGUGGAAAGAAAUUUUUAGAUAGUUCCAAGUUGAAAAGACACUUCUUAAUUCAUACUGGUGAAAGAGAUUUUGUAUGUCCUCAUGAAGGCUGUGGUAAGGCAUUCUCCUUGGACUUCAACUUGAGAUCUCACAUGAAAACACAUUCACAAGAAAACUAUCAUAUCUGUCCAUACUCAGAAUGUGGAAAGAGAUAUGCUCAUGAAUACAAGCUGAAGAACCACAUCGCAUCUCAUCAUGAAAAGAAUCCGACACCGGAUGUGGUGAGAUAUGCUACACCUCCAGAGAGGAUAAUGAAAAAUCCCAAGCCUCCUUCUGGGGUUUAUGGCUCUGCUUCAUCAGAUAGACCAUACAUUUGCCCUUAUGAAGGGUGUGAAAAGGACUACAUCCAUGAAUACAAGCUCAAACUUCAUCUAAGAAGAGAGCAUCCUGACCACAUGGCAGAUGAGAAUGCUGAGAAUGCAAAUUCUAAUGCUGAUAAUGAGAUGGAUGAAGCCAGUGAUCAAGAUGCUUAUGGUGGAAAGCGUGUGAAUGGGAAAAGUCAGAAACACAGCAGGCCCAAGCCAAACUUGAAGACGCCGCCUGUAAAAAUCAGACAACGGAAAGGUUCAAGUUCAUCCCCUGCCACAUUAAAUGUAGUGAAAAAACCUUGGCCAGUUAAGGAUGACACUUACGAAGAAGACAGUGAAGAAACCGAGGAAGAGGAUCACGACAAUGCAGAGGAUGGAUGGAGGUAUGGAGGGAACGAGGACGAUGACGAAGAGACAGAGGAUGAAGACUAGGGCACCCUGUUACCCUUUGGGGUUUGUGUUUGUAAUAGUUCUCAAAAUAAAUGCUAAAAUUUAAGUAAAUUCAUAUUUUACUGGUC